AUGCAGCCACGAGAAAAACGUGUGCGUGCGCAAGAAAAGUCGGCUGCAAACAUCGCUCCUUCUAAGUCGACACCCACGUUGCGCGACGCCUUGUAUGCACCAUUUCGCGCCCUGGGCUAUGUGACGAACGGUGUACCAUUUGUACUUCAGGUUCGGUUUGGUGGAAAGGAUGCACAGACACCAGAUGUCAAUGUCGUUACUUGUAUCGGCGAUACCUGGGAAAUGUGGAAUGCCGACCGUAUGACGCUCUUAUUCGUGGGUCCUGUCUUGCCAGAUGCUAUUUCUGCCAUGGCGCAUGCCACGUCGCCUGACAGUCUUCUGGUUGCUGCAGGUAUGUCUGUGUAUCGCUUUGCUCGCGGCCAUGAAGUAGCCCGGUACGUUACAGCUGUAGAAGACGAGGGCAUGAUGGGAUGCAUGCUAUCGUCCUUGUUGGUAUUUGGUGACUACGUGUGCUCGUUGGCAGCUGAUGGAACCAAGCUUUUUGUUUGGUCGCUAUCUACAACAGAGCUACUCCAGAUGGUGGAGCUGCAUACCUCAUGCAUAGCCAGCUGCUUGGUUCAUCCUGCUACCUACUUGAAUAAAGUGGUUAUUGGAAACACUGACGGUUCUCUCCAGCUCUGGAACGUGCGCACAGCAUCACUCAUUCAUGCAUUCCACGCAAAAGAUGUCCGUGGUGGAAGAGAUUCGUCUUCUGGUAUCGUACAUCUCACUCAAUCUCCAGCGAUUGACGUCCUGGCUGUGGCAUACGCCGAUGGUCUCGUCUCCUUGUACGAUGUGCGCUUGGGAGAAGCGCUCUUCUCUGUGCAUGUGGAAGGUGGACUAGCUCCUGGAUGCCUUGCGUUCCGUACAGAUAACGUCGCCCAUACUCUCGCUGUAGGGACGCGGGCUGGAUCAAUUGUGCUCUUUGACCUGGAUGCUGUGAAUAAUAAUGAUGUAAUGGGAGGAUCGCCACGUCUCUUACAUUCUAUGCAGCAUGCUCAUGACGGUGCUAUUGGAUCCAUUGAGUUUGUGCCAGGCCAACCACUGCUCAUAUCAUCAGGCGCUGACAAUGCAUUGAAGCAAUGGUUCUUCGAAUCACCUACCUUACCGCCCCGCAUUCUCAAGUCACGCAGCGGUCACGCAGUACCGCCUCACCUUAUUCGGUACUAUGGUGAUGAUGGACGUGCUAUGCUCUCUGCCUCGCGUGAUCGAAGUGUGCGAUGUCUGAGUGUGGUUCGUGACAGCCGGUCGUUUGAGUUGAGCCAAGGCUCUGUCGAGAGCCAAUCACACAAAUUGGCUGUGGAGGCUUCGUCUUUAAAAUUGACGCCAGCGACGUCUAUGUCCUUUAGCACUCUUCGCUCGCGCGACUGGGACGAUGUACUCACGACGCAUGCUGGUGAUUGGAAUGCUCACACGUGGACUGUUAGAAACAAGCGCAUGAACACGGCAGUCUUGAAUGUUGCGCGCAGCAAAAAGAGCAAUGCCGUGGCGACGGCUAGCUGCAUGACGGCAUGUGGCAACUUUGCUCUUGUUGGCACGAGUGAUGGCCGCAUUGAAAUGUACAAUGUUCAGAGCCAUAUGCACCGUCGCACAUUUCUCACUGAAAGCACAGUGCCUGUGUCGGAUGUAUGCUGUGACGCCCUGAAUCAAGUGUGUCUUGCCAGUACACAAGAUGGGUUAUUGCACUACUUCGACUUUUUUACGGCGCGCAAGAUAGCCACGGAGCGCAUGCCGGCUGGCUGCUCCGCCCUUUGCUUGAAUCGCGAGUCGAAUCUCGUUGCGGCACUCGGUGACGACCUUGUGCUGAGCAUUAUCGAUCUUGAAACGCGACGUGUGGUUCGUCGCUUCACUGGCUUCCGUGGACGAAUUCUCGACGCUACGUUCUCCGCCGAUGGCCGUUGGAUUGUGUCAUGUAGUACGGACAGUGUUGUCCGGACCUUCGACAUUGCCACGGCACAACUCAUCGAUGCGUUUCACACACCAAGCAUGGCCACAAGUGUCACGUUCUCACCCGCUGGCGACUUUUUGGCCACAGCGCACGUUGAUAGUGUCGGUGUGCAUUUGUGGGUAAACCGAGCGCAGUUUGCAUCUGUGGCGCUGCGUGCGUUGGACAUGGGCAAUGUACUUGAAGAGCGUGAAGCGGCACUACCAACCGCACAAGGCGAAAGCUUGGACAAUACGUCGCCUCAUGAUGCAGAUGUCACAGGUCUGGAUGUGGGCGAACCAGAACUUCAGCGCACAUACACAAGUCCUCCGCAGUUGGGCGAGCCAGACAAUCCACUUAUCACACUCAGCACGAUGCCGCGAGCACGGUGGAUGACGCUCCUCCACCUCGACACGAUUCAUCGUCGCAAUAAGCCCAAAGAUCCGCCAAAGAAGCCGGAGAAAAUGCCCUUCUUCUUAGACGCUGCUCCUACAUCUACAUCAACAACAACGCCACAGGUGCCGCAGGAGCGAGCGCCUUUCGAGUCGGCACGCAAGACAGAUCUGAUUUUCGAGUCUGACUUGGAGCGCCGUAUGCGUGUGGCCGUGCAGGCCAAUGACGUUGGUCCAUUAUUCACCUACUUGAACACCCUCUCUGUACCACAAUUGGAUCUGGAAAUUCGCAGUCUCGAAUCUGUGGAGCAACAAACGCUGUUUUUGCAAGCCAUGGCUAUGCGUAUGAGAGCCAAGCUGGACUUUGAGGCCGUGCAAUCUAUGCUGCAGGCCUUCUUCACUUGUCACAGCGAUGUGUUACAAGCCCAUGGCGUGCAUCCUGAGCAGGCCAGAGAGAACUUAGACGCUGCUUCUUCGGACGAUGAAGAGCCUGGUAUUCAGCUGGCCAUGGCUCUUCGCGCAGUUCUCGUUGAACAGCGUAAGGAAGGCUCGCGGCUCAUGGAUGAACUGGAUUACUGUCUUGGCACGCUGUCAUUUCUCCGUCACGUGCCACUUUCGUUUGUGUGA